AUGAUCGAGCUAUAUGAUAAAGAAGGUAGUUCUCCUCUAGUUGAGGACCAUUACAUUCUAGCAUGGAGCUUCACAACUGGUAGUGAUAAGGCUCCAGAUCUAGACAUUUUGAAUCUUCCUUCCUUUUAUGUCAAAAUCCCCAAGUUCCACAAUUCUGCAAAGUUCAGAUCCAUUAUUAUAAUAUGUUCCACAGCUAUCAUCUUGGGACUCAUUCUCAUUACAUUUUUCAAGCUAAAAAAGGAGGACUACACAGAAUUCGAUAAAAAAUGGAAGCUGCAAUAUUGGCCACAUAAAUUUGAUUACAGAGAGCUCAACUUUGCCACAAAGAAUCCUCCUGAACAAGGUAUUUGGCACUCUGUUUUACUGCAGGGUUUCAGGGACGACAAUCUUCUGGGCUAUGGGGGCUUUGGACAGGUAUACAGGGGCACUCUGCCUUCCGGCGAAGAAAUCGCCGUGAAAUGCAUCACAAAAGAUUUAGCAGAAGGAAUGGAGGAAUUCAUGGCAGAAAUUUCCAGCCUUGGGAGGCUGCAGCAUCGGCAUCUAGUGCCCCUCAGGGGUUGGUGCAGAAAAAAUGAGCGCAUCUUCAUCAUCUAUGACUACAUGUCCAACGGAAGCCUUGAAAGAAAUUUGUACAGUCCAGAAUUGAAUCUUACAUGGCCUCACAGACACAAAAUUCCUACGGAUGUAGCCAGCGGCCUGCUUUACUUACACGAGCAGUGGGAUAAAAAAGUGGUGCACAGGGACAUUAAACCCAGCAAUAUAUUAUUGGACUAUGAUCUGAACGGCCGGGUGGGGGAUUUUGGCUUAGCAAGGUUAUAUGAUCACAGCCAAAGACCCCAAACUACUCAUGUGGUGGGCACUCUGGGGUACAUUGCACCUGAGCUUAUACAUUCUGGUAAGGCUUCUCCUUCAACAGAUGUUUUCAGCUUUGGGACUCUUAUGCUGGAGGUUGCCUGCGGAAAGAAACCUGUAGACGCCCAAGGUGUGAUUUUGGUUGAGUGGGUUUGGGAUCUGUAUGCAAAUGAGAGGUUACUGGAUGCUAUUGAUCAGAGGCUUGGGGAGAAUUACGAUAAGGGCGAGGCUGAGAUUGUGCUUGUAGUGGGGCUCAUUUGUUCAAACCCUGAUCCGCAGAAGAGGCUUGGUAUGAGGAAAGUGUUGCAGAUACUUUGCGGUGAGGCUGCUUUGCCUGUGGGUCUUCAUGUACCUUCAGCUUUUUAAC